GAACGGCAUUCUGCCUUACCAGUUGGCAUCAACUUCUCACCGUCGCUAGCACUGGUUUCCUUCAGUCAUUCUCGAAGUUCUUCCUGCUUUGUUUCGUCACUUCCCUGCUCACGAAGGGUGCCAGGUUCAUGCGAGUUUCUGAAACCUGGGCGCUCAGAACCAUGGACGAGAAUGUUUUUUUUUGGCCUCAUGGCUUAUGGGCGCUACACAGCGCUUAUAUACACACUGCAUUGGAUAGUACCCAACCCACCCUCCCAUGGAAGCGGUCGACAGCUCUAUCAAAUCACCGCGUAUCUUACGCUGCCCGGUAAAAAUGAUUGACAAGGCAACUCUUCAGACUGCCACAUAUAACAUCAAGCAUAUUGCUACCGGGCAAUACGUUACUCUCAAGGACACUAUGAGAAAGUCAACUUUGAUUGCCCUCCACGAUAGCCAUUUCGAACGUCUUGCAUGGGUUCUAGACAAGCUGGCUGGACUAAAAGACACGUAUCAUGUUAGGAGUUUCCUUCAGAACACUUUUGCUCGGACGGGACAAUUUCCCACAGCGGGAGCAGAAAUUGUUUCCGGGACGGAAUCAUAUCCGUGGUUGAUUCGUCCUGCUGCAAGUGAUUUUGGUGACAUCUACCUCAUUUCUCCAUACUCAGAUCCCUCACUCUAUUGGACCAUUGUGAAGACAAGGGAUGGCACCAAUGCUACACUGACCAACAAUCCAAAACAUCAUGUAUACUGGCAAUUUGUUAAAAUGUCUGCCUGAGUGCAAGCUGGGAGUUGGGUGGAUUGUGACCGCGGGUCUGGGGUGGUGAAUGUAGGAUGGGGUCUGAGUGUGAGGGGUCCGAGUCGGGGUCACGUCCAGCCAGCUUUCAGCGGAAUUUCAUGUACAUAUUUUUAUUUAUGCAUUCCAAAUUUUGAUUCAAAUGCUGAUCAAUCAAGGCUGUCAGAUCCAGGCUAAGUAGUCCCGUUGCUUCCAUUUGUUGUGUGGUUUUGGACAAUCUUAUCGCAUUUCAUGGUGCCC